AUGCAACGUCGUAUAGUUUCACGCGUUGAUCCGCGUUAUAAACAAUUACGUGCUCAAAAUAAUUCUAGUGUUAAAAAAUCACGUGAUAGAGCUCGUCGUGAACGUGAAGAAACAAUUACUUCAAUAAAUCAACUCGAAGAAGAUAAUCAAAAAUUAGUACAAAAUUUACAAAUAAUCAGACAAGAAUAUGAACAAUUACAAAUUCUAUUCAAACAACAUACUGGUGUUGAUAUAGAUCAAAUGAUAGGACCAGAGCCAAAAUCAACGACACCAGAAAUACCAAUGCCAUCAAUUCAACCAUCCGUAGAAAGUCUAUCGAAACCGGUUUUAACUAUCAAUACUAUUGAAGAUAAAUCUACAUCAAAUAAUGAAUUUGAUGUAAAUAAUCUUGAUGGAUCUAUCGUACUUAUCAAUGGUGUUCAAUAUAAAAUUGUUGGUUUGGAUAAAGCUUAA